AUGUCGUCGCAGAAGCCCCGACCAAGCUACGUCUCGAACGGGCAGGCCCUUUCGAGCCCACCACUGUCCGUUCGCCUCAACCGCUUCACUGAGAGCGUCUAUCUCCUCCUCGGACUCUACAUCGUGAGCCUCUUCUCGUUCGACUCCUACGCCUCCGCCCAGGGUUCGCAGUUCAAUAUCCACAAUAGAAACACUGCAUCAGGCUCGUCAUUCGGCUGGGGUGCGCGUACCAGCUCCUCCAGCUCCAACGUGAGUCGCGGAGGUGGUGGCAGCGGCCCGCGCAUUGGACGGGUGGACGAUGUCCGAGGGCCGGAGUGCAAGAGCUGCCGCUGA